AAACUACAGAACUAUUCUGCAACUUCUGCUGUUCAAUUUCAAAUAUACAUUUACUGGAAAGUAAAUAAUCUUUGCAAUGGUUAUACUAGAUAGACCACCCACAACAGUAAUUGAAGAUGUUUACAGAAAACGAAACAAAAUGUUAUUACCUGAACCAUGGAUCACAGAAUAUUUACGGAGAAAUGGGGAAUAAAAAGCAAUAAAACAGUCAAUGGGUCUUUUUACUUGUACAUACGAUGCAAAAUACACAUCAAGCAUGAGCAUUCAGUUGAAUCAGCGUAGAUCGCUUUACUGUGAAGAAAGAAACAUUUGCACCAACUGUUGUACAGCGCAGUUUCAGUUGAUACAACUUGGACAACUAUCAGUCAAAACACUGCUGAGACUUUGCAAUGCUUCAAGUACAUUCUGGUCAUCCGUAUGCAAAAUUGUUCCUUAUAUUUGGGAUGGCCCAGGUGAUUACUGGUGCUCUGUGCAUUCUACUAACUGGUGUAGUUAUAGCAGUCAUACCUGACAUAGCUAAUAAUGCUUCACCUUAUGGAACUGAUCAUUACAAAGCACCUGGCUUGUGGCUUGGUGUACUCUUUAUAGUGACUGGUGCACUUGGAGUAUUAAGUGGAAAGAAACCAAAGAAUAUUACUAUAAAUGCUUCCAUGCUGUUUACAAUAUUGUCUGCAAUUGGAGCUGCAGUAAUGGUGAUCCUACAAGUUACCGCAAGCACUUCAUUCUCAAGAUACGUGCUUUUGCAUGGUCCAAUACCAGCGGUGGUGCAUGGCUACCGACUCCACAUUACAUUAACUGUGUUGGCACUUCUCCAGUUAUUUGCGACUACAGCACACUCUGGUUACUCAUGCGCAUCUAACUGCUCGACGACAACGUACGAGGAUAUGGAGAUAAAAAAGGAACAACGAGAAAAGCAAACAGAAGUAAUGACAGUCUACAACAAACAUACACCUUCUGCAGGAGCUGUAAAGAAAAACAACCAUGAACAUAUUGUACAAAACGCGGCAACAACUAGAGUCACUUUUCCACGUGAAUCUACAAGUAAUUUGGUCCCAAUGGACAGUUCACCACUUGUAUAGCUGUAUCAUGUUGCUGGAAAAAAAACAUUUCAUACUUCUGUACUUUUUUGUCCACUUGUCAAUUUUUUUUUUAUGUGACCACGAUCUUUCGAACUUUUAUCAUUUGAAACAAUAUUUGUUGUGAAUUCUAAAACAUCGAACUAAAUAAACCAUUGCAGCAUUUUAGAAGUAUUUUUAUAUUUGUUUCAAAGGAUUCCUUUGUUUGAUUAGUGCAUUUUAUUUGGUAAACAGAUGUAAUAAAUUUACCCCCAAAACAAUUA